CAUGAUACCUUUUAUACAUACUCGUACGGCUGCAUUGCUCCUCGGAUCAUGCCUUCGACUUGUUGCUAACACUGACUUCUUUGCCAGCCUUUGCCUACUUGGGCAGCAAGAUCGGGACCAGCCCGGAUGAGCGUAAGCGGCUUGUGACCUUGCAACAUGGCUUUCAAUGUUGCUAACCCCGUCCUCCAAACAGUCAAGCUCAUCUUUUCCUUCUUUUUGUCCUACCCACUUGCUGGCCUACUGAAGAGGAUACCGGAUAACCGCCCUCAUCUCAAAAACUUCUUUUGUCUAAGCAUUGGCGUCUUUUACCUCGUCGGCCUCUUCGACCUGUGGGUCGGCCUUCGAACCGUCCUAAUCUCCUCCAUUGGCGUGUACUCGAUCGCCAAGUUCCUCCGGGGCUCCCCUUACAUGCCAUGGAUCGGCUUCGUCUUCCUCAUGGGCCAUAUGAGCAUCAACCACAUUAUGCGCCAACGCCUCAAUGACCCGAGCACGAUCGAUAUCACAGGAGCGCAGAUGGUGCUCGUCAUGAAGCUCAGCGCUUUCUGCUGGAAUGUGGCCGACGGUGUUCUUCCCGAGGAUCACCUCUCCGACUUUCAGAAGGACAGACGGCUCAAGGAGUUGCCGUCCCUGCUGGACUACUUUGGAUAUGUUUUCUUCUUCCCCAGUCUCAUGAUUGGGCCCGCCUUCGACUUCGCCGAGUACCGCCGAUGGCUCGACACCACCAUGUUCGACAUUCCCAAGUCUGUCGACCCUGCCAAGAAGCCUCCCACCAGACGCAAGCGCAAGAUCCCCCGCAGCGGUACCCCAGCCAUGAUCAAGCUCGUUACCGGUUUCUCUUGGCUCCUGCUCUUCAUCUGGCUCUCUACCUGGUUCUCGCCCGAGUCUCUCCUUGGAGACAGCUUCGUGAGCCACAACUUCCUCGUCCGCCUUCUCUUCCUGCACAUGGUUGGUAUCACGGCGCGCGCCAAGUACUAUGGUGUCUGGAUGAUGACGGAAGGCGCAUGCAUUCUUAGCGGCUUGGGCUUCAACGGCGUUGAUCCUGCCACGGGCAAGGUGUCUUGGGAUAGGCUCCAGAACAUCCGUCCGAUGGGCAUGGAGACUGCGCAAAACACCAAGGCGUAUCUCGAUAACUGGAACAUCAACACCAGCAAGUGGCUGCGCAACUACGUCUACCUGCGCGUCACUCCCCGUGGCAAGAAACCUGGUUUUGGCGCUACUUUGGCUACAUUCACCACCAGCGCUUUCUGGCACGGGUUCUAUCCUGGCUACUACCUGUCCUUUGUCCUGGCGAGCUUCAUCCAGGCUGCUGCGAAGAACGUCCGCCGCAACAUUCGCCCCUUCUUCCUCGAUCCCAAGACUCAAGCUCCCCUUCCCUCCAAAAAGUGGUACGAUCUCGCCUCCUGGCUCACCACCCAACUCACCUUCAACUUCGCCGUCUGCCCCUUUUUGGUACUCGGCUUCCACGAAUCCAUCACCGCCUGGUCGCGCGUCUACUUCUACGCCAUCAUCCACACCGCCGUUGCCCUGGCCUUCUUCUCCAGCCCAGGAAAGAAGUGGCUGCGCAAGACUCUGGAGAAGAGGAACGCCAAGGCAGGCGUUGUCGCCCCUGCUUCUUCUUCUUCUUCUUCUUCUUCUUCUUCUUCUUCUUCUUCUUCUUCUUCUUCUUCUUCUAGUGGACGCGGCCGUGGCCGCAGCAGCAUCAGUGACGAGAAGACGAGCAGUACUACCGCGCAGGGUGCCAUGGAGACGACGGCUUUGCUUGGCGAGAACCUGAACCGGCCGUCCAGCAGGGCGGAGAGCACGGAUAGCCAGUCGAGGAGCCCGAUGCUGGGUAUCAGUGGCGAUCCUCAGGGGGAGCUAGAUGAGGCGCUGGAGGAGUUCAAGAAGGAGAUGGAGAGCAGAGUUGGUGGUGGCGCGUUUAGUGCGACGGGCUUAAGAGAUUCGUUGAGGGAGGAGGCUAGGAAGAGAGCUAUGUGAUUGAUGAUUGAUAGAUCAAGAUGGUGGGUAAGAAGUGGCAUUUGUAUCGGAAAGGGAGAUGCUAUAGAAGGUGGGAUCUGGUGAGACACAUUUCCCGGAGGGGUUGCUGAUGUUAAGGAGAUACUGCGUUUGGAGUCUAGGGAGUUGCUGCGAGAGCAAAACGAAUCUUUUUUUGCACUGCAUCGCGUCAGGAGUAAGAGAAAGCGAGGCCUCUGUUGCUUGCGUCGUGUUGUUUUCCCUAUAAUUCCGGUACAAACAUAUUUUCAUGUCAAUAGCACAUAACCUACCAUCUAUGUAUUCUCCCCGUUUUCUUUCUGGUGGUGACCGAAGUCCAGCCAUGGUAUUCGCUGUAAUCAUUCAGUACGGAAUCUGCGUUUACCUAUGCCCCUCAUAAUCUUAUUCUACCAUUUCUGG